AUGUCAAGCAAAAAACUUCCACCUAAGAAUGAUCCUGCACGUACCUCUGCUGAGCAAGAUGCGUUAAAAACUGCUGAAAAGGCAAAUCAAUUUGCCGGAGCGUUAAAGGAAGGAAAAAUUCCGACAACUGAGCAAAUCACAACAACCAUUGACUCUAUUCAAGAGUCUGAUGCGAUGCAUUCAACUGCUCGUGGAAUGUCACCUUUAGGCAAAAAAGUGUUUGCUGAUGCCGAAAAAUUUUUGGAAACUACAAAAACUCUUUUGGUCGAGAAGAAUGCUAAUGAUGAAUUACAGAAUACCGUGUAUUAUGGUGCUAAAGCAGCAAGGGAAAUAAAAGAAACUACUUCAUCGAUUCCAGAAGAUUUGAAGCGAAGAGUAGAUGAACAUCUUGCUUCGGCAGAACCAUCGGUGAAAGCAAUUUGGCAAAAGACCUUAUUGAUCCCUCAGCUGUUAAUUUCAAGUCCAGAAUUUCGAAGAUUGGUGAAUGAUAUUAAUCAUAUCAUUAAAGAAGCUUUAUCAGUUUACGUUCCUGGUCGCGAGGAUGAUGUUCAAACUCCACAUGAAGAUGAGGAAAAAGAUCCACAAGAAUUUGCUCAAGAUGUCGCACAGCACGGUCGCGAAAGUGUAUAUCCUGUGGCUCGGGCUGGAGCAGAAAUCGUCGGUCCGCAUAUAAAAGAUUUUGGUGAAGGUAGAAAAUCUUUAAAAGAAGCUGCCGGUGAUGGAAUGAAGACCCUUGCUACCUCUGUUAAAGACAGAGUGACUAGCUACAAAUUAUCGCCCGAGAAACGUGAUCGUAUUAUUAACCGAUUUAGGACUCUCAUGAUCGAAACUCAAAGUAGUCCCGAAUAUCAAGAAGCUCUUACCGAUCUUGUUGAUGUCUUGUCUCGUUUUUCGGAUUAUACUCAAGAGGCCGCUGGUCAUGUUGUUUCAACUACCAAAGGCACCAGUAAUGAUAUUCCAUCACUUAAAAUUGCUCAAGAAAAUGCUAAGAAUCUUAUCGAAAAUUUUGCCAAUAACAAGUCAUUAGAUGAUUUAAUUUGUGCCUUGAAAGAUAUGGGUACACAAAUUAAGAAUCAUGAAGAGCUUCAUAAUUACUUCAAAAAACUUCAACAUUUUGUUCUCUCCUCUUUACGUGAUCACGAAUUUGUUGAGAGUACCAAUUAUAGAGAAGAAGGUUCACGUCUCAUUGAAAAUGGUCGUCAGCUCUUGUUGGAUAAUUAUAGGGAUACCACACAAAGGAUCGUUGAUGAAGCAUCUGCCUUUAAUGAAGCUUUACAAGAAGAUCGAACUACUCGACAGUGGGCUAGAGACCUUGAAUGUUUGAUUAAAGAUGUCUUUUUGGACGAGAAAGGUCGUCCGACUAUUAAGUUUGAAUUAGUUAAAGACUUUGGAAAAAUCUUAUCGAUCGUGGCCGAAAAAUUGAAGUUUAUUCCACUGCCACGAUUAGAAAACUCUGAUGAGAAUUACGAAUAUAGUUUCGAUAAUAUCGUACUUCACGUGUCUGAUAUUCUUCCCAAGCAUCUUCAUAUUAGUUUGACUUCUGAUAUUAAUUUGGAUCGUGAGGCGAACGAUGUUGUGCAGAAUACUGCAGUUUUUGAAAUUUCCAAGCUUCGUGCUGAUGCUCGCAAUAUUGCGUUUUAUUAUAAGAAAAAGGGCGGAUUAAUCCAAAUGCGUGAUGUCGGUUUGGUUGAUUUCGCAAUUCCUGCUGAUGGCUUACGGUAUUACAUGAAACUCUCUUUGGAUCUACCUAACGCAGAUACACAGCUCACACAAUUCCGUGUUCUUGAGGCGGAGACUAAGAUAUCCGAUUUGAAGAUUCGCUUACACGACACGAAACAUGACUUCCUGUACAUGUUACUUACUCCUUUGGCGGAAAAACGUAUUAAACGUCAAGUUGAAGGUGUUAUAACUGAACAGAUGAAGAAAGCAGUUGGAUUUAUUCAAGAACAGAUCGCACGAGUUCAACAACAAAUGGUUGAAAUGCAACAACGCAGAGCUGCUAUGCGAGCUACAUCACCUACAUCACCUGAAAGAGACGAAAAGUUAAAAUCUAGGGAAAACUGGAGAACAGAGAACUAUAGUUCAAAGGGUGCUUCUAAAGCUUAA